GUAAAAGGGGCAUGUCGCUUUCACUCCACCCCCAAUGCAGAUGAUAUAAAGAUGCUGACAUCAGCCACCAACUGCAUCACUCCUUUCACCUCUGACUGCUGUGGAACAUUCAAGGCUAACAAUGAGCAGGAACUACUUGUCCAAAAAUGACGAGCUCCGCAAGGGAGACUCCCUCUUUUCCAACAACAGGGAGUGGAAGGCAGUUUUCCAGAAUGAUGGUAACUUUGCCAUCUAUGGCUGGAAGCCUGUGUGGGCUUCAGACACUGCUGGAUCGGAUGCUGUCCGCGUGUGCAUGCAGGCUGACUGCAACCUGGUCAUGUACAAUGCAUGUGACAAGCCGAGGUGGCACACAAACUCUGCCAAAGAUUGCUGCAACAUGUGCCGCCUUCAGCUGACUGAUGAUGGAAAACUGGUGGUUUACAGAGAAGGUCAAGAAAUCUGGAGCUCUGCCGACUCCAAGGGCAUGAAAUGAUGAUUUAACGUGGCUUCUGAGUGCUUUGCAAUUGAAAAUCGUCAUAAAUGUCAUCUUGUAUUAACUCUGCAUUGUGGACACAAUAAAAAGCACCUCUUCAAACUA